GUGUACCUGUUUGGAAUACAAAACUGGGAGCAGAAUGUUGCUGGAUCUCAUUUACUGGUUUCGAUGUCCUGUGGCCUGAUUAGCAAAGAACCUGGGAGACCCUCUAAGCCACAGAAUGGAGGUGGUGACCUUUGAGGAUGUGGUUGUGAACUUCAGCAAUGAGGAGUGGAGUUUGCUGAGUCCAUCCCAAAAGAACCUCUACAGAGAUGUGAUGGGUGAAAUCUUUAGGAACAUGGCUGCAAUUGGAGGACUUGGGGAUAUCCAGGAAGCUGAAAAAGGAGGCAAAAUUUACUGGAGAUACUUAAGAAAUGACAAGCUAGGGAAAUCUUAUGGACAUACAUCUUGGAAUCAGUGUAAAGAAGUCUUCCUUUGUACUGCAGGAGGUAAUGUGAAUGUGAAAGAAACAGAAACACACCACAAUGUUCAGAUCCAUGAAAAAUAUUGCAGUGGAGGGAAACCCUAUGUAUGCAAGCAAUGCGGGAAUGGUUUUACUACACAUGGAAUUUGUAAGAAACACGAAAUAAUUCACAGAGGAGAGAGACCCUACAUAUGUAAGGAGUGUGGGAAAGCUUUUACAACACAUACGUAUUGUCAAGUACAUGAAAGUCUUCAAUCUGGAGAAAAACGUUAUGAAUGUAAGCACUGUGAGAAAGCUUUCAGCACAUGUACUUAUUGUGUAAUCCAUGAAAAAAUUCACACUGGGCAGAAAUCGCAUAUAUGUAAGAAAUGUGGGAAAGCUUUUAUCAGGAAAAUUCAUUUUCAAAUACAUAAAAAUGUUCACACUGGAGAGAAACCCUAUGUGUGUAAGCAAUGUGGAAAAGGUUUCACCCAACUUGGACAUUGUAAGGAACAUUAAAGAAUUCACACUGGAGAGAAACCAUAUGUAUGUAAGCAAUGUGGGAAAGCUUUUAAUACACGGGGAGACUGUAAGAAACAUGAAAGAAUUCACACUGGAGAGAAACCCUAUGUAUGUAAGCA